GUGCGUAAGCAUUUGCGGCCUACGCGAAGAUACUAUAAAAUCCUCAAAGAUACUUGCCCCCCUUAUUACUCUCCCCGAAUGGCCGAACCCAGCUUCGCAAUCAUCCAAGUUCUAACCUCCUCCAUUUUAUUUCUCCGGCAGCCGUCUUAGAGCUCAGUACCUCAUGUUUUUUCUGCAUUAAAAAUCUGGAAAUUUUGAUGGCUGCUCGCGUCUUUCUCUUCCAAUUUUUCUCUAUCAGGUAGUAGCAGUGUAGUGUAAUACGGGAGAUGGAAGAAGAGCCGGGGCAGCUGAGAAGGGCUUUUGUUGAUGCCACGGCUGGGGCAAUCUCUGGUGCUAUAUCAAGGACGGUGACAUCUCCACUUGAUGUAAUUAAGAUUAGAUUUCAGGUUCAGUUAGAACCUACUGUUCAGUGGGCCUUGCUUCAGAAGAACCCAUAUCCAUCAUCUAAGUACACUGGGAUGCUGCAAGCGGCCAAGGAUAUCUUCAGAGAGGAAGGGUUGCGGGGAUUUUGGCGUGGUAAUGUUCCAGCCCUACUUAUGGUAAUGCCAUAUACUGCCAUACAAUUCACGGUGCUGCAUAAAUUGAAAACCUUUGCUUCUGGAUCUUCAAAUUCAGACGACCAUAUUAAUUUGAGUCCAUAUCUAUCAUAUAUCAGUGGGGCAUUCGCAGGCUGUGCAGCAACGGUCGGAUCCUAUCCAUUUGAUCUGCUAAGAACCAUUUUAGCUUCACAAGGGGAGCCAAAGGUUUACCCGAGCCUGAGAUCCGCGUUUGUUGAUAGCCUUGAAACUCGUGGUAUUCGAGGUCUAUAUUCUGGAUUGAGUCCUACCCUAGUUGAGAUCAUUCCCUAUGCUGGUCUGCAGUUUGGUACAUAUGAUACAUUCAAGCGCUGGACAAUGGCUUGGAACCGUAGAUCAUCAAAUACGAGCAACACUGAUGAUUCUCUUUCACGCUUCCAGCUUUUUCUAUGUGGAUUAGCAGCUGGGACAUGUGCAAAAGUUGUUUGUCAUCCCCUUGAUGUAGUGAAGAAGAGGUUUCAGAUUGAAGGACUAAAGAGGCAUCCAAGAUAUGGUGCUCAAGUCAAGCUUAAUGCCUACAGAAAUAUGUAUGAUGCUCUCAGUCGCAUUGUACUCCAGGAGGGAUGGGCAGGACUUUAUAAAGGCAUUGUCCCAUCAGUUAUUAAAGCUGCACCGGCAGGUGCUGUAACCUUUGCUGCUUAUGAAUUCACAUCAGAUUGGUUAGAAACGAUUUUAACAUGAACUCAACUCUGCUUUGCUUCCUCUUUUACUUUCCCAUCUGCUGGGAUCAGUUUAUAGCUUUUAACUGUUUUUUCCCCUCCUCACCUCGGAGGGUGGGGUUGUUUAUACUGCUGAACCUCACUGGUGUUUGAUACUUCAUAGUCAUAGAAAAGGAAAAGAAAGGAAAGAUUAUACGGAGUACAUAAUGAUAUAAUAUGUUUCCCAGAGUUGUGGCUGCCUUUGGGCAAGAAGAAUUAAUACAAGAAGCUCAAUGGGUC